AUGGAAGAAGCCAUCCCCGUUCGGGCGCUCGCCCGCCACGCGCAGCACGGCGGCAGCGAGUGUGCUCCUCGCUCAAUUGGUCCCACCUCGCCGUUUCGCGCGGGGUUCGCGGCGGAUAAAUCUCCCCGCGCUCCGGCUCCCACCGCCGGGUCCGGGAGCGCGGGCCUACUCCCAAUCUGCAGGCCUGGAUAUGGCACAAAAGGAGGUCCAAUAAAGCUUCGUACAAACCACUUCAAAGUCUCAACCGACAGCAGAGAUAUUACCUUCUACCGCUACCAUGUGAAUCUGAAGUACGAAGAUGAUCAACCCGUUGCUCAGAAAGGUGUAGGCAGAAAAGUGAUAGAUAAGCUGCAGGAGACCUAUGCCUCGGAUCUGGAGAAUCUGAACUUUCUUGCUUAUGACGGUGAAAAGAGCCUGUUCACCAUUGGCGCCCUUCAGAAUGUUAGGGAUGUGUUUACAGUUGUAGUUGAGGAUGCUUCAUCUACAAAGACACCUGGAGGAGAUGGAAGUCCAGAGGGAAGUGACAUGAAAAGAAUGAAGCGGCUGAUGCGGGUGAAGACAUUUAAAGUGGAGUUGUCCUUUGCCGGAAAGGUCCCAUUGAGUGCCAUUACCAAGGCUAUAAGAAGCCAAGAAUCUGAUGACUAUCAGGAAGGUCUUCAGGUUCUUGAUAUCAUACUGAGGCAACACUCAGCAAGACAGGGUUGCCUUCUAGUUCGACAAUCCUUGUUCCACAGCCCCUCCAAGAUCAUCAAUUUGGGUGGUGGUGUUGUACCUUGUCCAGGAUUUCAUUCCAGCUUUCGACUCACUCAAAGUGGGCUUUUACUUAAUAUGUAUGUUUCUACAACGGUGAUUCUGGAACCCGGGCCUGUGACUAAUUUUAUAAUGUCUAGCCAGUAUAUCAACGAUACUCGCAGAAUUGACUGGGGCAAAGCAAAGCGUACAUUGAAGAAUUUGAGGAUCAAAACCACUCACACGAACUCUGAAUUCAAGAUUGUUGGCUUCAGUGAGAAGUUUUGUUUUGAACAGACGUUUCCUCUGAAGCAAAGAGAUGGUGAUACUGUGCAAGUUACGGUCUAUGAUUACUACCUGAAGCAUUGGGGUAUAAAACUGAAAGAUUCAAUUAGCUUCCCCUGCUUGAAUGUGGGGAACAGGCCAAAGCGUCCGACAUAUUUACCCAUAGAGUGGGAACAAUGGCAGAAGGGUCAAUCUCCUGAGAGCUCCACUCCACCUGAUGGAAACACCACCAACAACUUCGGUAACUUUGCCAACUACGCCCACAUGGGGGGAGGAGAGGGGGACUGGGAGAAGUAUUGGGACUGGAGUCAGGCGUAA